AUGCCAAAAAAUGCAGAAUGCGUGAAGGUCAUGGUAAGAUGCAGACCAUUUAAUGGCAGAGAGACCUCACUAGGUUGCAAAAGUUCAGUUGAGAUUGAUUCCAAUACGAAUUCUGUUCAGCUCUACAAGCCUAACAGUAAAGAAGUUCCGAAGAGGUUCACUUAUGACUCUGUGUAUGAUGGGGACUCUAAGCAGAGUGACAUUUACAACGAGACUGCCUUCCCUUUGGUAGAGUCCGUUCUCGAAGGCUACAAUGGAACUAUUUUCGCCUACGGACAGACAGGAUGAGGUAAAACCCAUACCAUGCUCGGUGUCCAGGACGACGAAGAGCUCAAAGGCAUCAUCCCUCGAGCUUACGUACAAAUUUUCGGAUGAAUAGAUGAAGCAAAGGAAGGAGUUAAGUAUCUCGUCCGCUGCUCUUAUCUUGAAAUCUACAAUGAAAGUAUUCUAGAUUUAUUAAGCGACAAAAAGAGUAAACUUGAUGUCAAAGAAGACCCCGACAAAGGAAUCUUCGUUCAAGGAUUAACCGGUGUCAUCGUAAAGUCAACUUCGGAAGUCAACGCAUGCAUGCUCCGAGGAAAUGGGCGCAGGAAAACAGGUGAAACAGCAAUGAAUAAAGAUUCUUCCCGAAGUCACUCUAUUUUCACUAUCUACAUCGAACAAAUGGAGGAAGCAGACGGAGAUCAAAAGAUCAAAGCUGGCAAACUCCAUCUUGUAGAUUUAGCUGGAUCUGAAAGGCAGAGCAAGACCCACGCAACCGGUGACAGGCUAAAGGAAGCCCAGAAGAUCAACUUGUCCCUUUCCGCCUUAGGAAAUGUGAUCAGUGCUUUGGUGGACGGCAAGGCUAAACAUAUCCCGUACAGAGACUCUAAACUGACAAGACUUCUCCAAGAUUCCUUGGGAGGGAAUACCAAAACUGUCAUGAUAGCUGCUCUUUCACCAGCUGACGACAAUUACGACGAAACUUUAAGCACACUAAGGUAUGCAUCUAGGGCUAAAAGUAUUAAAAAUAAACCAAUCAUUAACGAAGACCCCAAGGAUGCCCUGCUCAGAGAAUACGAGGAGGAAAUCAAGCAACUCAAAGACAUGCUCAAACAGCUCUCCCAAGGCAGAGGUAUCGACCCCACGGUUGUGAAGAAAGCCUCGAACCAGCUCUCAGAUGAGAUCAUGUUUGAAGACUCAAUCUCUAGCUUAGUAGAAAAGAUAGAAAAGAAGGGCAAGAAAGUGAUGAUUAUCGAUGAAAAUGACGAGGUCAAGGAGACCAAAAUAGAUGCUGAAGGACAUCAGAAAUCCCUCCAAGAUCGAAUCACAGAAAUCGAAGAAAACACCGGAAUCAAGUCGCCAGAAGGUGACCCAUCUGACAUAGCUGAUACACAGAAGGAAAAACUUGAAAAGCUUGUAGAAGAAAUGGAGAAAAAGCUCGUCCAGCGAGACCACGGCUUGGACGACAAAGAACGGAAUAAAGCCAAAAAGUUACGCAAAGCCCAACUCGCUUUAAAAAAGCAGAAGGAACAGCAGCAGAUCCUCAUGGAGCAGAAACUCAAAGAAGAGGAAGAAAAGCUAUUCUAUGAGAAACAAUACAAGAGCCAACAGGAACAAUUCGAGGAGAAUAGCAAGAUCCUGAACGAGCUCAGGAUCCGCUACAAAGGCGCUCUCCAAGAGAUCAAAGACUUAGAGGAAGAGCAUCAGAACGACCACGCUGACCUGGUUAACACCGUCAGAGACCAGCAACACGAACUCAUGCUGAUGAAAGGAAUGCUCAAGAUGAUCCUAAAGGAUCAUGAAAUUGAAAAAGUUUAGACACAGAUCUAGCUUUGACGAAGAGAAACAAGAAUGGGACAUCCCCUG